UAGUGUGCCCUUAUUGUAUCCAAGUUUGCAAAACCACACACAUUGAAUGAUGGAGAAGCUAGCAGCUAUAGGCAUAGUAGUUGUGCUGGUGCUUUUUUCCCCAAUGGCAAUGGCAAUUGCCGAGGGUCCCAAAGAAGUGGAGGAAUGGUUCCAUAAGUUCGACGACACUACUAGUGUUACACACCAAAAAGUGACCAAACUUCACUUCUACUUCCACGACUUAAGGGGCUUGACCACAGCGGUGGUGGCCCAGUCCAACACCACCGCAGCAUCACCCACCUUUUUCGGUUUGUUCUAUGCAAUGGACAAUCCCUUAACUGUGGGCCCAUCACAGGCUUCCAAGGUGAUCGGUCGAGCCCAGGGCCUGUACGGCUCGACCUCAAGGGAGAAAUUUAGCCUCACUUUGGCCAUGAACUUGGUCUUCACUAAUGGGCCUUACAAUGGUAGCAGUCUUACUGUUCUAGGCUACAACCCAGUCAUGCAGCCCAAACGAGAAAUGCCUGUCGUCGGAGGGGCCGGUGUUUUCCGGAUGGCUCGUGGCGUUGCUCUGUUGAAAACCUACUUUUUUGAUGCUCCCCGAGGGAAUGCAACCAUCGAGUACAAUGUGAUAGUUCACCAUUAUUAAGCUCGACUUUGGGAUGAUUGAAUCAUUUUCUUUUUCCUUUUUUUUUUUUGUAUUAUUUUUUCUCUUUUUGUUUUCUUUGGGUUUUUGUUUAAAUGGUGUGCCUUUUCUUUUCGUUUGCGAAGUAACACUUGUGGGAGGCUUGGUUAUAUUUUCGUACUUGUUUUGUUGGGACGUGGUUUGUUUGUUUGUUUUUUUAUUUCUCAUUGACCAAAAAAUAUUUAUAUAUAGAUGACUCGAUCAUGUGAGAAUAUUAA